GCUACUGCAGAUGGUGCCCCUUAACGGGUGCUAUGUGGACUGUUCAGUGUCUGCUGGGGUGGUUGCCAUGAAAAGCCUCUUUGUUGGAAACCCUACCCUCUUUCCUCACACUGCCCAGCUGUGGAAGCCAUAGGUUAGGGUCACAGAUCAGGUUUCCUCUCCCUGGGAGACUAGUAUCCUGGAGACACUCUCAGCCUUGUGUCCUUUCACUUUGUAGACUGGCGUCAAGACUAUGCUAAUUAACUCCAAGUCCCAAGACUCUUGUUGCCUGGUGACAAAGUUACACAGUGGAAGAGCACCAGGAUAAAAGGCAGACUACAUUUGCAGUUUUAUGUGACUUCCUCCUCAAACUCAUCACCAUCAACUCAGACCAUACUAAGAGACCAUGGCCAAGGGUGGAAAAGUCCCCAAGGGAAAAAAGAUCACCCUCAAUGUGGCCAAGAAUUGCAUCAAAAUCACCUUUGAUGGGAGAAAGCGCCUUGAUCUGAGCAAGAUGGGAAUCACCACCUUUCCCAAGUGUAUCCUGCGUCUCAACGAGGUGGAUGAACUCGACCUUAGCAGGAAUAUGAUCAGGAAGAUACCAGACUCCAUCUCCAAGUUUCAGAACCUGAGAUGGCUUGACCUGCACAGCAACUACAUCGACAAGCUCCCUGAGUCCAUCGGCCAGAUGACCACCCUGCUGUAUCUCAACGUCAGUAACAACAGGCUGACCACGAAUGGGCUGCCCGUGGAGCUGAACCAGCUCAAGAACAUCCGCACAGUAAAUCUGGGCCUCAACCACCUGGACAGUGUGCCCACCACACUGGGGGCAUUGAAGGAUCUCCAUGAGGUCGGACUAAAUGACAACCUGCUGAGUUCCAUUCCUGCCAGCAUCUCCAAGCUCCCCAAGUUGAAGAAGCUCAACUUAAAAAGGAACCCCUUUCCAAAGACAGAGGAGUCAGACGCGUUUGUAGACUCCAUCAAGAGGCUGGAAAACCUCUAUCUGGUUGAGGAGAAGGAUAUGUGUGCAUCUUGCCUGCAAAAAUGCCAACGGGCCAGGGACAAGUUGAACAAAAUCAAAAACAUGCCUCCCAUAGCACCAAGAAAGGCCAUCUUUUCCAAUUUGGUUUCACCCAACUCAACGGCCAAGGAAUCCCAGGAAGAAUGGAGGUGACCUGGGACCCUGACCCUGAGGCAGGAGGGGGAAAUGUGGGAGGAGGAGGAGGCAGUGAGCUUCACCCAAAGGAAUGGGUCCUUGUGUUACUGUAGGAGCUUUUUCAUCCAAGCCAUAAAAUACCAUUCCCUAC